CGGUGCACCUCUCCACCAAUUCCCUUGAUCCCCCUUCACCUCCAUCGGAUUCCAUAACAAGAUGUCCUUCGCAAUCCUCCCCGUCCUCGAGCCCAAGGAAGGCCAGGCCCAAGUCCUCGCCGACCUAAUCAAGAACAUCACCUCCGGCGCCUCCAUCAACGAAACCGGCUGCAAGACCUACUACUUCUUCAUCCCCGAAACCGCCUCUUCCAUCUCCUCCACCCCCACAAUCCACGGCAUCGAAGUCUACACCUCCCAGGACGCCCUAACCGGGGAACACCUCCAAUCCCCCCAAUUCGGGGAACUGGGCAAGUGGCUCCAGGCUGGGAAUUGUGCGAAUUCUCCGGAUUUGGGUGGGUAUAAUGUGGAGUUUGGGUUUAUUGAUCGUACCCCGCCCAAGGAGAGUGAUUUCGUCUUUGUCGCGACAUUGAUCUGCAAACCCGGUCAACGCGCCGCUGUGCUCGACAAAUGGCGCACAUGCGCCCCCUGGGUUUGGGAGAACGAGCCGGACACGUAUUCCUACCUCUUCAUGACCUCCAUGGAAGACGAGAACAAGAUCGUUAUUUUCGAGAGGUAUAAGAAUAAGGAGGCGUUGACGGAGACGCAUUAUGGGGGACCUAAGUUCCAGGAGGUACAGCCGUUCAUGAAGGAGAAUGUUGCGGAGAAGAAGACGGAGAAUUUCAAGUGGGCUGGGUUUGGGUUUAUCUCUAAGGACAAGCUUCAGUAG